AUGUUUCAGUCUCAGCACGUCAUUGACUCCCUCAAACCCGAAAGCGUGUCUGAAUUUCGUGGAAAACUGAACUUCUCCAUUGCAUUCGAGAAGGAAAUAAGCACACUCCAUGUCCAUCUUCUUGAAGCCGUCGACCUGCCUGUCAAGGACAUCACCGGUAACUUUUUUUGCCUUAUCCUCGUCAUUCUGAAGCUAGCAAAUGAAAUGAAAAGAGAUGAAAUGGAGAUAAAUAAGUAA